AUGUCGCCCUCGCCGGGAGAGGAACCACAACCGCAGGAGACGAAGGCCGCCGGUGGUCUUGCCGGCGUCUUCAAGGGGCUCACGGGCGGUGGAAAGCUGACGAAAUCCCCUCCUGUUCUCCAACAACCCUUCGCCCCGAUCGCCGGUUCUCAGGCUUUCGCAGACCGACUAGAUGCCGCUUCUCCGUCGUCGGCCUUCCACGGGCUUCCCCCCGAGCAGGCUGAACUGUUUGGACAGUUGAAGAAUGGCCAGCUAGCGGAGCGGGUUGCUGCUGCGAACUCGCUCCGUUAUGUAAUUGCCGAUUUCCCUCUCAAUCCCGUCCGCGAUAUCUGGCAUGCUGCAAAAGACCUGAUUGACCCAGACAAGCCGGCAAACGCCCGACAAGUUGCCUGGGAGCUUCUCACAGAAUGUAUCAAAUACCCAGCGUCGACCGAGCUCGAGCGGCGCGAGUAUUUUCGCACACUGACCGCUCCUGCUCCACCCGACGACUUCUACCUUCAACUGGCUGCCCUCGAGGAUCUGACAAACCGGGGCCGCAAUAUUUCGGGAUUCUAUUACGACAUCUUCCCGCUCCUGACCCAAUGGUUACAAGAGACAUACAACGCUGCGAAGACUGCCCGCAGACAGGCCUCCCGUGGGACUGGCAAGGCCUCGAAAGGGAUUACCCUGUCAUCGGGCGAGGACAAGAACUUGUCUCGCAUGUUCGCGUUGCUGAAGGAUGUCAUCAAAUUCAACUUCAAAUUCGCCACGGACUCGGUGGUCGGGAGUUUGAUGGAUAUCCUCCUCAAGAUAUGCAUGAAUACGAGCGUGGAAGAUGACCUGAGAGCCUGCAUCAACGUCGUUGAUACUGUGGUCACAUUUGGCACCAUUCCAACCGACAAGCUCAAGGACUGCAUACAAGUUCUCAGCUCGAUUCACUGCUUGGUCCCCAGCUUACAAAAAGACUCAUGGCACACCAUAUCCGUCAUCUGCAGGUCCCACCAUGGCCAGUCAACUGUUAGGAUCUUGCUGGACCUUUUGCGAGCAUAUUCCACCUCCCCGGAUAAGGAUGCAGUCAGGGAGGUCCGUGGCGCACUCUCGGUUCUGAAGAAACUCCUCUCCAAGUCCUCCGAGAAGGGCUAUCCAACGGUCCCCUUGGCACUGCUCGUCGACGGGCUAUCGACAGUUGCAAAGAGCAGUUCCACAAGAAUAGCGACCGAAAUCCUCAAGCUGGUCAAUUCGAUGUUUAAUGGGCGCGAGGGCAACAUCAAUGCCAUGCUUCUGGAAGAGCAUUGGUCGCCAAUUUUUGCCGUCGCUGCGCAGUGUGCAAAGAAGGCCUUCCAUCCGUCCCCUAAUGUGGACGCCAGCCCUUCUUCCCUGCCUACAGUCGUUAAGGACGAAAGGGAGCCGGAGGACGGCGUGGCCCUGCAGUUGAAAAAUCUGGUCAACCGGAUAGAGACAUUGCUCACCCACAACAACCCCGAUUUUCCGCAGCGGGAGGAGUGCAUGGGUUUUCUCGCCGCGGUCCACCAAGUCCUCCCAGACUCCGCAGCAGCCCUCGUUGUCGCACACCUCCGAGAGUCUCGGGCUUGUUUCCCAUCAGAAGUGGGCUGGGAAGACAAUCUCAAACUCGUCAUGGAGCGCUUCUAUCUCAACCGGAGUAGGGAUCCGCUGACUCGACUGCGUGCUCUGGAAGUUAUCGUUGAGGUGUACAAUUUUCUUUAUCUGGCAGAGGGCCUCGUCGAUGAGGAAUCGGUCAUCGAACUUGUCCGGCGGGUGCUUGGGGGGCUACGCGUAGAAGACGAUAGUCACGUGCUACAGGAAACGGUGGCCUUCUUAGUCGAAGUGGCUGAGACGGCAGGCGACCGCCUUUUCGAUGAUAUCCUGGAUGCUUUCAAGGCCGUGAUUUCCAAGGACAUGUCCAGGCCGCCGCUGUCUGGGUUGGCUCCCCACAGAGUCGGCCCAUCAGCCCAUCGAAGCCAAACGGUUCACUUCGCGAACCAGAGCCUCUCCAACGUGGUCAGCAAAGGCUACGUUCAGAUAUUCAUUCAAAUGAUGAAUCACAAUGGUCCAAAGGCAAUCAAGGCAUACACGGCGCUUGUCCAUAUUGCGCGAUCGAAUUCGUGCGAAGUCGACGCUCGGCUGACAGCCAUGAAGAUGUUAUUUCGCCUCCGGGCGGACUUUGAGCAUCACGUCUACCUCACGGCCUUGGUUCAGAACGACGCGCUGGCCGGGAGCCUGUACAGGACCGAGGCGUCUCUCGCGCGCAAACUGGCAGAGGACGCGUCGCAGCCUCCUAGGUUGUCAAGGGCAGAACACGCUGGAAGGCCGACCCGCGGCAUAUCAUUCAGCCAGGGCCAGACAGUCGAACGCGGGGUUCCAGCCCGGUCGGCAUCUACCCCUAAACCUGGCACUCAUCAGGGCCAGCGGCUCUGGUCGGUCCCUGACGCCGACGCUCUGCCCGCGUCCCCUCCCGGUAGCCCCAGUCCUCUUCUCGUUUCUCACAAGCGGGAUCAGAGCGGAACGGCUAAGCCCGAGAACCUGACGAUGCUCUUGGAUAUGAUCCCUUGGUUAGAGGCACUCAUAAGUCUCUUCCACCAGGGAUGCGAUUGGGAGGUGUACAGCUUCAUACUGGUCCACCUCCCCCUCCAACUGAGCAACCAUUCGAUCUUCAGGGACGCCAUCUCCCACAUCCAGGAAUUGCGACGUUUGCUUUGCGAGAUGGUCCGAACAAACAGCUUUCAGGAGCCACCGCACUCGUCAGGUCUUCGCCGUACCGACGUUGCCAACUGUUUAUUUCACUCGCUCAUCAUGAUCGUCAGCUACCACCACCAUUUCCAGAAGGUGGAUGAGGAUGAGCUUGUCAGGACGUUUAUGUACGGGAUAUCGGACAAGACAGCGAAAACGUGCAUCCACGCGCUCUCGAUGUGCUGUCACGAGCUGCCCAUGUCGGUGAGCAAGUCCCUGCUCACCAUCCUGCAAAGGAUGUCGCAGGUCAUUACCCAGCCGUUCGUGGCCAUGCACAUACUCGAGUUCCUGGCCUGCCUCAGCCGCCUGCCCUCGCUGUACUCCAACUUCCGCGAGGAUGAUUACCGUAUUGUCUUUGGCAUCUGUUUCAGAUAUCUGCAAUACGUUCGCGAGAAGAAGCUGGCGAUGCGCGGCAGCAUCUCGAGCGACGUGGCAAUGCCCAGUGGCGGCGUCGCGAAUCAACCCGAGAUUCUUGGCCAGCAUCCCGCCGCUGACGACCUCCCUCAAUAUGUCUAUGCCCUUGCGUACCAUGUCAUCACCUUCUGGUUCCUUGCCGUCAAGCUGCCCGACCGGCCGACGCAGAUUGGCUGGAUUACCAAAAACCUCUUUACCGAUGUUGAUGGGAGUGCGAAUACCGAGGAGCAUGCGCAGAUCACGCUCGACUUCAUGCAGCGCGUGGCCUUCUCCGAUGCCGCCGACUCUGUCCAAGAUCCUCUCUUCAAGGAACAGUACUUUGGCGAAAUCCAGACGAAGCGCUGGAUUAUCGGAAACAGCAUCCUCACGAUUCGGCAGGCGAGGGAAUCAAGCUGGGCCGAAAUCACACGUCGCUAUCCCUCUGGCACGUCUUCAUAUGCACUCCGUGUCGAGUUCACGCCGAUGCCGAACCUACCCGCGCCUGAUGGCUCGGACGCUGCGGCGUGGGACGGCCGCUUCCAGCACGGCCUCACCAUAUUCCCGAGCCACCUUCUGAUGCAGCUGCUGGCCCCUAUGCCGCAGUUGUAUGAUCCGAGCAUCCGGCCCAUCCUCCUUCCAGAUGACGACUUCGUCGACCGGGCCAUCCGAAACUUUGAUCGCAACUCUCCGGUAGACGGCCACAAAGUGGGUGUCAUCUACAUCAAAGAAGGGCAGACGAGCGAGCCAGAGAUCCUAGCCAACACAGCGGGCAGCCCUGAUUAUCACCAGUUCCUCAGAGGCUUGGGGCCGCUGACGAAGUUGAAGGGAGCCACCUUCAACACGCAAGGCCUUGACCGCGAAAACGACCUCGACGGGAAAUACACCUACUGUUGGCGGGACCGUGUCACCGAGAUUGUGUUCCACAUAACCACCCAGAUGCCCACCAACCUCGAAACUGACCCGCAAUGCAUCAUGAAGAAGCGGCAUAUCGGCAAUGACUAUGUCAGCAUUGUCUGGAACGACUCGGGCAUGCCCUUCAAGUUUGAUACAUUUCCCUCUCAGUUCAAUUACGUCUACAUUAUCAUCACGCCUACGCCGCACCUCCCCUUCGUCGCCUCCCGGAUGACCCAGGAGGAGGGCACUUCGCGCUUCUGCAUGGUGCAGGUCAUGAGCAAGGAGGGUUUCCCGGAGAUCUCUCCGUGCGCCGAACCGAAAAUGAUCAGUCUCAAGGCGCUGCCCAGCUUUGUCCGGCUGCUCGCGCUCAACGCCUCGGUCUUCUCCCUCGUCUGGGCCAAUAGUGAUACCGGCGAGCACGUGUCCUCGUGGCGUGAGCGCCUCCGCCAGAUCAAUGUGCUGCGCAUGAAAUACCGUCCAUCUCGAGGCCAGGGCGUCACGCCCUCCCCGCCGCCGGGAGCCAUCGCUACACCGGUACCGGGUGCAACAACAGGCUCCGUGCUGUCGGUCGUGAGCAGCGGCGGCGGCGGCCACGGUGCCCAUCACCACCAGUACCACCACCAGCAGCAGCCUGCUGGUCAGGGAAUGUCCGGACCAGGAGGAGGCGCAGCAGUAGCAGCAGGCGGAGGAGGCGGCCCCGGCACCGAUGUAAACGCUGCCGGGGUCGGAGGAAUCACGAGCCCGCGGCUUACGGGCAUGCGCGACAGCUUCAGCAGCCUGAGGCGGGCGUCGGUUGCGACCUUCUUCACUAGCGCCACGAGCGGCGAGCAAUCGCACCGCUCGAGCAUGUUGUCGACGGUGACGACGGAGAACACGGAGGUGUUGCAGCCCAGUACGGCCGAGGCGUUGGUUGACUCGGUGGACUUUUCGAAGUGGACUUAA